AUGGCUGUUAUGAGCGGCAUAGUGCGACUGAACGGAUUCAGGCAGAUGCGCAACCCGCUCGUUGCGUUAGGUUACCUGUGCAGCUUCAUCACUCGCCCUGCCCUCACCGACCCGGGCCGCCGCCGCCUUUCCACUGCCGUCGACUCACACAUCGGACGUUCUAGUCACAGCGCCAUGGAGAAGAUUGUGUCGCGUAACCCGAUCGUAGAGAUCGACGGGGACGAGAUGACCCGUGUUAUGUGGGCGUCUAUCAAGAACAAGCUUAUCCUGCCGUACGUGGACGUUCCGCUGGAGUACUACGACCUCUCUCUGCCAAACCGUGAUGCUACUGACGAUCAGGUUACCUUCGAUGCCGCCGAGGCUAUCAAGAAGCAUGGUAUCGGAGUGAAGUGCGCCACCAUCACGCCUGACGAGGCGCGUCUCAAGGAAUUCAAUCUCAAGCGCAUGUACAGGUCGCCUAAUGGUACUAUUCGUAACAUUUUGGACGGCACCGUCUUCCGCGCCCCGAUCAUGACCAAAACUGUGCCAGCCUACAUUCCGGGCUGGAAGAAACCUAUCGUGAUCGGCCGUCACGCAUUCGGUGACCAGUAUAAUGCUACCGACAUCAAAAUUCCCGGUGCUGGCACGCUUGAGAUGGUUUUCGCACCCGCCGAUGGCAGCGCGCCGCAGACGCACAAGGUAACGGAGUUCAAGGGCCCCGGUGUUGCGCUAGGAAUGUUCAACGUUGACGCUUCUAUAUACGGAUUUGCGCGAGCGUGCUUCAGCUACGCUCUCGACGUCAAAAUGCCGCUCUACUUGUCGACCAAGAACACCAUCCUCAAGAGCUAUGACGGCCGGUUCAAGGACAUCUUCCAGGAGAUGUACCUCUCUGAGUUCAAGCCAAAAUUCGAGGCUGCGGGCAUAUUCUACGAGCACAGGCUGAUAGACGACAUGGUAGCCUACGCAUGCAAGUCCGAAGGAGGUUUUGUAUGGGCGUGCAAGAACUACGAUGGAGAUGUGCAGUCUGACAUUGUCUCUCAGGCGUACGGUUCCCUGGCGUUGAUGUCCUCAGUUUUGUACUCGUCAGAUGGCAAAUCGUUCCUGUCUGAAGCUGCUCACGGCACCGUCACGCGACACUUCCGCGUCCACCAGCAGGGCGGAAUGACCUCCACCAACUCCAUUGCGACUAUCGUUGCGUGGGCCCGUGCGCUUGAGAAGCGCGGCAUGGUCGACGGCAACGAGGCGUUGGCUAACUUUGGACGCAAGCUUGAGCACGCAUCUGUGGCAGCUGUGGAUGCCGGGUUCUACACCAAGGACCUUGCCAUCGCCAUCCACGGGUCGCAGACCAAGCAAUACCUGGACACCGAAUCAUUCAUCGACAAAGUCAGGGAGUACCUAGAAAUGUAG